AUGGCAACAAGUUCCAACGAUGUGUGUACUGUUCGUUCGAGGAACUUCAAAGAAAUACCCAUAUAUGUUGUCGAUUAUCACAACGACGUCCUUCCAUUUAUUUAUAGAUGUAUAGGAUCUAAACAUCUUUCGUUAGAGAAUAAUACACUGAUUCAUCUCGACUCGCAUCCGGAUAUGGGGAUUCCGAAAGGAAUGCCAGCAGAUGCCGUGUGGGAUAAAUAUGAACUUUUCAGCCACCUGAGCAUCGAAAACUGGAUAAUACCCGCGGCAUAUGCCGGGCACUUUUCAUCUUUAGUUUGGGUAAAACCGCCUUGGGCUCAUCAGAUACCCCAAGGUUCGUACAGUUUUUUCGUUGGCCGAGACCGCGCAUCGAGCGACAUCAAAGUCACAUCCACCUUGCCAUAUUUCUUGAGCGAGGCGCUGUGGGCCUCGAAGGAAGAUCUGGAGAACGCUCGCGAGGUGACGUUGGACGUGAUAACUUUCGGCGCUUGUCUCAGCGACGCUUCGGAAGCGGAAGUGAAGAAGGCAGAACAGGUGGAAGCGGAGGCGUUGGCUGACAUUUUGCGUCGGCGCGCUUCCGAGAACGGCGGCCUCGUGUUGGAUGUGGACCUCGACUUCUUCAGCACACUCAACCCUUUCUUGAGCAUGCUACCGGCCGCCGACCUGUACACGCGACUGCACGCCAUCUACGAUUUCCAGUUGCCUGCGGCGGACGCUCCGGAAGAGGAGAUCCGAGCUUUCCAGAAACGGCGUUCCUCUCAGUUGGAGGAACUCGAGGAAAUCUUUCGUUACAUGCACAAGCACCGCAACUUGGACGGUUAUCCCAAUCCUGAAUCCCCGAGAAUAGAACAGGCCGAGGCGGCGCUGCCGCACCACCGCACGCCGCGCGCGCACGCGCUGCGCCUGGCGCGCCGCGCCGCCCGCCGUGCUGCGCGCCGCUGCCGCGCCGCCCCGUGCUGA